AUGAAGACCACACUGGCCGCCAUCGCUCUCGUUGUCCUGGCUCUUGGCUGGACCUCUGAGGCUGUCCAAGUCGAGGAGGGUGGACUGUCUUUCUCUCUGGAGGCUGUGAAGAGACUCCAGGAGCUGACAGGCAACAGCUUUCAAACGGCAAAACAAAACUCACGCCUCAGGAUGAGCACGGUGUCCGUCUGCGCCGACCCCAUGCUCCCACAGGAGUUCCUUCCACUCUGCAGACAGCAAGGAGCAUCUGCAUCUCUUGCCAGACUCGCGAUGGUUCCCAUGGACGUCUGUGAGAUCUGCGCCUUCGCCGCCUGCUCUGGCUGCUAA